UGUGUUUAGUUGCAGUGUCACACAAGCUGACAUGGCACCCUGGUGGCAAGUUGACCUUACAAGGCAAGCUGCAGUCACAAGUGUCCGAAUAAAGAAUGCCGCAACUUGGGGUACAGAUAGAAUCAAUCCAUUCAACGUCAGUGUUGGGGACGACAAGACGAAUGGCGGACAAAACAAUGCACUGUGUGUGAAAGACGGGACACUGGUCAGUGGAGAGUUGAGAAAGUUCGAUUGUCCACAGGUCCUGAUGGGUCGUUACGUCAGUAUCUUUUUGAACAGGCAAGAACUUCUUCAAGUAUGCGAGGUUGAGGUUUAUGAAGAUGUAUUCUGAAAAGAAGUCUUCUGAAAUCAUCAUUUGUUUUCUACUUCCUGGAAAGCAAGGAUGCAUUUGAAGAGAAGAGCAAUAUAUCUACUACAAUUUGCAAAAAAGAAUUUUAAAAAUGCACGGAGCUUUCAGGUUAUUUUAUC